CCUUGAAAUUUGUGUUAUUCAUAGUGCAGCAGGGAUUUUGGAGCAAAUGCUCCGCGGAAGUAGAGCAGUAUUCAAGCAAUGUUCAGCAGGCUUAAUAAGAAUUACAGUUUACUCCUGGUUGAAGAGAAUGGUUUUGGAACGUAAACAGAGUUUGGGUCAAGAUAACCUGCAAAUCUGCGCGGUUGAAUUCUUGCCCAGAUGACACGCCGGGUGGCCCGGCGUUCAUACAGCGGGCGAAGGGAGACUGCGUGUAGCCUAAUGGCUUGUUAAUGUCUUUAUUUUAUAUUUGUCUAAUAUCCACUGAGAUUAAGGUUUGUCCUUAAAAGGAAAAAUAAAAUGUGAAAAUUGUUUUUAUUUUUUCACGUCGUUACUGUUAUCCAGAAAGAGUCGCAGAAAUCGAAGCUACACUCGGUGUUUGUUUUUCUGGUUUUUUCGCUUUUUCAAGGGACCUGGAUUUAAUACAGCGCAGCAUGGAUAUAACAUGUGCAUUUUCUAUUGCAUAAAAGAACACACAUUUCUAAUACAAUGAACAUUACUCCCCCCGUUUAUUUCGGUGGGAACCAAAAGGCAAUGACUUAAGCUGACUAUUGAGACCCAGUAAUUCAACUUGGAGCAAUCAUCGAUGUCUAGGCAACCCUUAAAUCCAGUUUCACCGCUUCUUUCAUGGUAGGCCAGUGUCUUUGUAUUAACAUAAUUACGGUAAAUAAUUGGUGACGUAAGGACACACCUUCUCUCAUGUGGCCGGCGAACGCUGCUUCGGAAGGUCAUCUGAAGCCGAGGCGGAGAUUCUGCUCCUGCCGUAGUAACCGCAUUACCGGCGGACCGUCAGAGCGCACGGCGUUUCACACCCAGCGAGGCAGGCGCGCAAGCUGGGGCUGCGCUCCGCGCAACGUCUGCCUUAACUACUGGAGACUGCAAGGAAUGGGAUAUAUAAAGAUAUCGUAAAAUAUUUCCGUAUCAUCUUGUAGCAGUAUUGUCCAGGGCAAUGCGGACUCCGUCCUCAUAGAGGCCCGGACCCGAGGCUGUCCCAUGGCCUCAGGGCCUCAGAAAGACACAGGAAACCCUGCCGAGUCCAAGAAGAUGGAGCCUCGAGUCAAUGAGAAAAAAUGCUCAUGGGCGUCCUACAUGACAAACUCCCCUACUGUCAUCGUGAUGAUUGGCCUGCCGGCGAGGGGAAAGACCUACAUAUCUAAGAAGCUGACGCGAUACCUCAACUGGAUAGGCGUGCCCACCAAGGUGUUCAACCUGGGUGUGUACCGGCGAGAGGCAGUCAAGGCCUACAAGUCCUAUGACUUCUUCCGGCACGACAAUGAGGAGGCCAUGAAAAUAAGGAAGCAGUGUGCACUGGUGGCCCUGCAGGAUGUGAAGUCGUACCUGAACGAGGAGGGGGGGCAGAUAGCGGUCUUUGAUGCCACAAACACCACCAGGGAGAGGAGGGACCUCAUCUUGGAUUUUGCGAAAGAGAAUGCGUACAAGGUGUUUUUUGUGGAGUCUGUGUGUGAUGACCCAGAAGUCAUUGCUGCCAAUAUUCUGGAAGUGAAGGUGUCCAGUCCAGAUUACCCAGAGAGACACCGGGAGAGAGUGAUGGAUGACUUCCUGAAAAGAAUUGAGUGUUAUAAGGUCACAUACCAGCCACUGGAUCCAGACGAAUAUGACAAGGACACCUCCUUCAUCAAGGUGAUCAACGUGGGCCGGCGUUUCCUGGUGAACCGCGUGCAGGACUACAUCCAGAGCAAGAUCGUGUACUACCUGAUGAACAUCCACGUGCACUCACACUCCAUCUACCUGUGUCGCCAUGGCGAGAGUGACCACAACGUGCAGGGCCGCAUCGGGGGCGAUUCCGAGCUGUCCACCCGCGGGAAGCAGUUUGCACAUGCGCUGAGAGGGUUUAUAGAGGAGCAGAGGCUGCUGGAUCUGAAGGUGUGGACCAGCCAGCUGAGGAGGACCAUUCAGACAGCUGAGGAGCUGAGCGUUCCCUACGAGCAGUGGAAGAUCCUCAAUGAGAUUGAUGCUGGCGUUUGUGAGGAGAUGACCUACAAGAUGAUCCAGGACUCGUUCCCAGAGGAGUUCGCCCUCCGGGACCAGGACAAGUACCACUACCGCUACCCCGGGGGGGAGUCCUACCAGGACCUGGUGCAGCGGCUGGAGCCGGUGAUCAUGGAGCUGGAGCGGCAGGGCAACGUUCUGGUCAUCUGCCACCAGGCCGUCAUGCGCUGCCUGCUCGCAUACUUCCUGGACAAAAGCGCAGAUGACCUGCCCUACCUGAAGUGCCCCCUGCACACGGUCCUCAGGCUCACCCCAGUGGCGUACGGUUGUAAAGUGGAGAUGUUUUACCUGAAUGUGGAGGCAGUGAACACGCAUCGCGACCGGCCUUUUGACAGCAUUCGGAAGGAUGCCGCCCCCCACCUGCUCCGCCGGAACAGCUACACCCCCCUGUCCACCCAUGACCAGGUCAAGCGGCCGCGACUCUACAGUGCAGGGAACCGACCCUGGCUCCCUCUCGCCCCCUCCCCAUCAGCCCUGCUGUUCUCUGACGCACCAGAGGGGGCGCUGCUGCUGCAGCAAAGCCAGGAGUCCCUGUGUGAGGGAAUCGACUGUGACAGUCCAGAGGAAGGUGGCGACUGUGUCCACUUCUAAACAGAAUUCAGAAGCUUUCCCCCGCUGCUCUCCGCGGGACUCUGCCCUCCUCCUCCCUGGCUCCAGCUCUGGCCGUCCAGCGCCUCUCUGACCCGGGACGCUCUGAGUUUGAGGCCUCCUUCAUGACAGCUUCUCUUUAAUCGGUCUGCAUGUUAGACUGUCUCCACCAGCUGCCAACGCACAAGAGGAAAAACAGUGCAUGAGACGCAAUCAACCUCAUCAGUGUAAAGAUGCCUUAUUCCCAUGAAUGUAAACCCUGCAGGAGAGACA